UCCAAUUCUCUUUAGAAUCACAGACUCAAAAGAAUGUGGGCGAUGUAAAGAUAUCUUGCAAGAGCCUAGCACUCUUGGCUGUAUUUUUGUUGUCGAUCGAGAGAAUUAAACGUGAAGAAGCAGCUGAUGCUAUCAAUCCUCAUCGUCAUGAGUGACACGGCAAGGGAUUCCCUGAAAGAGAAAUUGCUUCAGCUGCAAUGUCACUUCACAUGGAACCUGCAAAUAGAGGAUGUUGAGUGGGAUGAUUUACAAGAACGAUUAAAUUAUACAAUUGAGGCUGACAUUGUGCAAUAUAAAAUCAUGCCUUACAAUCUGCUUACAUUUGUCAACUGUGUAAGAAACAAAUGUGAGAAGGCAUUCGAUAAGUUAUGGGAAGCUGAGGAGAUUCUGAGGAAGGACCACAAAUCAGAUGUUGAAAAGUGGAGCAUUGUCACCUAUGGAAACGCAGCCUGGGUCUAUUACCACGUGGGAGAAGUGGCAGAGGCUCAGUCCUACCUUGACAAGCUGGAGAGGAUCUGCCAACAGUUCCCUGGUGCCUCUCGCUUCACAGCAAUGACCGCAGAAGUAUAUGGGGAGAAGGGUUGGUCCAUGUUGAGAUUUGGCUGGAAAUAUUAUGAAGAGGCAAAUGAAUGUAUUGAAAAGGCUCUGGAGGCAGAUCCUGAUAACAUUGAGUGGAAUACAGCUCACGCAACCUCUUUGUUUCGAAAUAAGCAAAUAUUUGGAGACCCUCAACUUCUUGAGCACUGCAAAGUAGUGAAACAAUUAUACCGUGCAUUAGCACUGAACCCAAAUGACCCUUUUCUCAAGGUCAUGUUGGCUCUUCGACUGCAACAAUUUAAUCAGAUGGGAGAAUCACGCAGACUAUUGGAAGAAGUAAUCGUGAGUUCUCCUGAUGACCCCUAUUUAAUUCAGUACACAGCCAAAGCUUUACGAAAAGAAGGAUCUGUUGACCGAUCCUUAGAGAUGUUGAAAAAGGCACUGAUGGGAAGACCGAACUCUGGACUCCUUCACCACCAGAUCGGCUUAUGUUACAGAAAUAAGUUGUCUGAAAUGAAGAAGACAUCUCAUAGAUAUCUUGCUCAUGAAGAAAGAAAAAGAUUGAUUGAACUUUGCAAAUACCAUUUCCAAACAGCAUAUGAUCAGAAGCCAUCUCUUGUUAGUGCAAUUGUUGAUCUGGCAGAACUCUUUGCGGAAUGCAAAGAUUAUUACAAAACUGAUGAGAUCUACGAGAACCAGCUCAGAAAUAAAGAUUGCAACCAUAUAAACAGACAGUUAAUUCAUUGGAAAUAUGGAUUGCACCAGUUAAAUAGGAAGGGAUCAGUGCAGAAUGCCAUUUAUCAUUUCAAGGAAUGCUUAAAGCUUAAGUUGAACAGUAGGACAGAAGGUUACUGUCAAGCAACACUGAAAAAAAUUGCUGAAGAUCGAUUGGCUGAACAUUCAAGGGACAGUGUUGCCUUUGGUAUAUUGGGACUAAUACACCAACUGGAUGGCAAGAAAUCCGAAGCCAUUGAAUUCUUUGAGAGAGCCCUGGAGUGUGAUUGUAAUAAUGAAGAGUUUCAAAGUGCUCUCCGUGAACUAAAGGAAUCUGCAUAGGAAAAUGUUAAAAUGCAUCUCAGAUGUUCCUGGGAAAUUGGUUCCCAUUUUCAGUGCAUUGUUUUGAGAAAAUUGGUUCAGCAACUGCUUUGAGAUUAGGGGCAGGCAUUCUCGGCAGGCACGUAGAAAUGAGUACCAAACGGAAGUAACAAAAGAUGCCAUGCAGAAGGGUUUCCCAAGCCUCCGACAAUUGAACCAGCAAUGAAGCAUCGCUUCCACUGCCCUCCCAUUGUAUGAGGAUUCCACCAACAUCCUGGAGGCAGCCACAUUUUGUGCUGAGCCAGGGCCCAAUUGGAACUAGAGGUUCCGUGUGUUAAAGUUAGAGUCAGAGCAGAGAGGAUCACCUACAUACCCCAAGUGGCCCACCAUGAGAAGUCUGGUUGAUGAGCCUCUCUGAUUGUAUAUUUUUGAGUUUGUUCUCGAGAGCUGCUCCAUCUUGAGGUGCCCAUUCAGUCUCUGAGACCCAAGCUGUGUCCAUGUUUCCUAGCUCACUCAGUGAAAUUUCAGUGCUGCUGGGUCUCUGAUUGGUCAGUUACAAUCACAUCCACUUGCUAUUCUUAAUUUGUGGGCAAGGAGGCAUUUGGGCAGUUUUCAGUCAGAAUGAGAAACACUGCUGAGUCAUCUCCCGAUCCCCAAUACAAACUCAGGAUCCCCAUGUGAGCCUGACAUUGGUGACCCAUAGCCCAGUAUAAUAUCCUGGUCAAUCAUCAAUGUCACCUUAUUUUUCAUGUCCUCUUAUUCUAUAUUUGUUCAGGCAACAGUAAAUGUACCCAUAAUUUUCUGAGUGAACAACUUUUGCACUUACUACAUUAAGUCAUUUCAAUGACUAAAACUGAAAAGGACAUGGUUAAUGUUGUACUAUUAGCUCUUAAAACAAACGUACCAAACAUGACGACAGUGAUUGGUAAACAAAAUGAAGAUUAUUGAAGAACAGCAGAUAUCCAGGAGAGUUCUUUAUUUACUGUUAUUAGUUCCAACGAAUACAUCACACAGUAACUUGUAUCACCGCUCAUGAUGAUCUAUAACAAGCUAGUUUUAUUUAGCAAUAUAUUAAUCAGUACAUUAACCACAUACGCACAGCAUAUAACAUCCCUAUUUUCUUAAAUAGAACGAUUUAAAUAAAUUAUAUCCUGCAUACAAAGAGAUGAAGAAAAUUUUACUUGCAUUUAUAAAUGUAUUAUCUCUUACAUUCAUUACUCACGUCUUACUGAAAGCAUAGGUGGCCUGCUGACUCAACCUGAUCUAGUAAUAGCGAGACUUGCUGAGAUUUGUGUUUGUCAACUCUUUUCUGUAGACUUAUAUGUCUGGUUUGAUAACUAUCUCGCUACCCGUAACUUUAAUCUUACAAUUUGAAAAUGCACUUGCACAUGCACUACGGGAGUGUUACAGAGUCAUCAAGUCAUGAAGCACAAAAGAGGCCCAUUGAAUCCACACUGACCUGUCUAUACCAAUGCUAAUCUCCAGCACUUGCCCCAUAUCCUCCAACGUUAUGGCAUUUCAAGUGCUCAUCCACGUACCCUUUUUAAAAGCUGUGAGGUUUCCCACCUCGAAUGUCCUUCCCAUCAGUGCAUUCCAGAUUCUCAAUGCCCUCAGGGUAAAAAAAAACCGUUUUCCUCAGGUCCCCACUAAAUCUCCUGCAUUUUCCCUUUAGUAGGGAGAUUUAUUCAUGAUGACACUGGAUACCCCUCACAAGUGACUCACUGUUUCUCCAUUAGUGCUGGUCACCUCUUAUAACUGUGGAUUAAUGCAGACUUUUGACACAUCUGUAGGCAAUCAUAUUUUACAUAUAUGAUUUGUAUUAUAUUUUUAUAUAUUGAUAUAUUAUUUACAUUUAUAUGUGAAACAUCUGUCAUCAGUAUUUUCUGUGGUACAAUAUUGGCGUUUGCCCCAGUCUCUGAUUUCAGUUGCAUUUCACCUUUGCCACUCUUACUGGUCCUUAGACGCGGCAAAAGAUUCUUUUUGAAUGAUUGCAUCCACGUGCUGUGUGUUACCAAAUGGAAAGUGUGUUCACUUGCAGACUCAUUCCUCUCUUCUUCACUGCCAGCCUUCCUACACAAUUUGUCCAGAGUUGUUUUAGGCCGAUACACUUUGCAGGUAUUUUUAGCUCUAGGUCAGUUACAUGUUUGUUGCAAUAGUCCACAACUGCAGCUUAAGACCUUCACCACCAUAUCUUCAUUACUGAAUUAGCUCCACACUUCUCAGCAUUUCAUCUGCAUCUAGUUGUUGUUGCUCUCUUCUUCUGUUGCCUACGUUUCUGCUAUGAGUAAAUAUUGGUCUCACAACUAGAUUCUUUCUUUCAGUUUCAGCAAUACAUUGCUAUCUCACAAUACCCACUUCACACCUUCUAAUAAUUGCAAACGGUGCCAACCUGUUGUUUAAUUUUUAUUUCACUACAUCUAUCCCUGCCAGUACUGAUCCCAGGUACUUGAAACUACUCAUUUUGUCAAAUCUUCAGUGGUGACACAGGGGCAGAAGAGGUAUCCCCAGUGAGUGAGUAAGCAGCACAGAGGGCAGUUAGGGUUAGUAACUUGGGAGGAUGAGCUAGUUGAGAGUUAUUAAAUGGCUCCUCGUACUGUGUUUCUUGAACCUCAACAUUCAACACCUGGCCCAGGGAAAAGGAAGGCUCGCUACCCAUUUCUCAGACAGGGGACUGGAGCUGGUGGUGGAUGGGAUGGGUGAGAGGAGGGCAGCACUUUGUCCAGCUGAACACUACAAGAGGCAACCCAGCUCAGUGCUGUGUACCAGCUGAAACGGGAUGGCCAGCAAUCCAGCAAGAAGCUCGAUAGGUUUCUGCACUCCAUAAAGGGAAGUGGCACCAUCUCCUCUCUGCAGCCUCAAACUCACUGAGUCUAAAUCUCCCCCUGCACCCUUCUGUCAACAAGGCUUACGGGCUGCAACUCUCCCUAUUGAAUGCUUUGUGAUGACCUGGAGAAGCAUUUAAAUAAUGUAGAGAUUAUCCUGGUUGGAUACAGCAGUGGAAUAUUUGAUCAACAGCCUUUGUAAAAAAGGGAGGGAAUUCCCUAUGUGUGAGAAUAAAGGGAUUCAGGAAGAGGUUUGAUGAACACAAGAAAAGACAGGUCAAUAACCCUAUCUGUAAAAUUUCAAAGCCAGAUUAAAAGCAUUGGUUCUUUUAAAUGUACUAAGAGCUCUCUGAGGGAGUCAGAUAUACCACUACCAUAGGAUCCAUUGUGUUUACCACAAAAAAGAUUAUGAACAAUUUAAUAUAUUAACCAAAGAGGCCUGUAAAAGAAUUAAUCAACCAAAAGGGAUCCAGAAUGGGAUUUAGUCAUUCAUUUGAGUCAGAGUGAUGUAGAGUUGCCAUAGCAGGAUUUUGCAAUAACGGAAGGGCCAUUCAUAACCAAUUUCGAUUUCACUCGUAUAGUUUUACACCUACAGUAUGGGUAAAUAAGAAUCAUAGCAACAAUUGUGACUACAUCUCUUCAGGUUCUUAUUAAAGUUAUGUGGAGGAAGUUGUUUCUGGGGAGCUGGUUGUUUCACUGUAGAAGUACAGGAGAUACUGUCUGUACACAAAGAGAGAAGGCAUUGAGGCCAAGAGUGUGUCAUGAAACAAUCAUAUUGCCUGUUAAUCUGGAGACCCACGCAAUGUUCUGGGGGCCUAGGUUGGAAUCUUGCCACAGCGGAUGGUGGAAUUUGAAUUCAAUAAAAUAUCUGGAAUUAAGAGUCUAAUGAUGACCAUGAAUCCAUUGCUGAUUGUCAGAAAAACCCAUGUGAGUCCCUGAUAUCCUUUAGGGAAGGAAACUGCCGUCAUUAACUGGUCUGGCCUACAUGUCACUCCAGACCCAUGGCAAUGUGGUUAACUCUUAACUGCCCUCUGGGCAAUUGGGGAUGGGGAUUAAAUGCUGCCUAGCCAGUGGGAUCCACAUCCCGUGAAUGAAUAAAGAAAAGAAUAAAAGAAGUAAAAGAAACGAGUGGCAAUACAUACUCAGUUGAUGGGACAAGGAUGUGUUGGCAUCACUGCAAGAGUGGCACAUGUCUUCUCCAGCAAGGGAUUGGAUUCCCUCCAGAUAUGAGCUGAGGAGCCUGGUGUUGGAUUCCAAUCCACUUGUCCUCGUGCUCUCAUCAUUGCUGUUGGAUGUCUUCUCCUGUAAUGAGAAAAGCAAAGAGAUUGAGAAAUUUGGAGUGAAAGUGGGUGGCACAGUCCUGGCGCAGGUGCUUGCUAGGUGGUGAGGUUUCCUGUGAUAGUAAGGGGGCAUGUAGAGUUAAUGAUGUGGCAGUUUAGUGGGGGUGUGAACUGGUGAGAGAAGACACUGCAGGCAGGCACAAGUGAGAAUGGCAGAACAUGAGCCUUGGUAGGAAGUGGGUGCUGUAGCAAAGAGAGAGAGAUAGAGAGGGAGAGGGAGGGUGAGGUAGCAGAGGUGUCAUUGAACUUCCUGUGGCACUGCUGGCUGUGCUUCCACACUCUGGUGGAGGCACUGAUUGGGUGGUGACCUAGGGCUGGGCAGCCGGAGUCUGGUGGCAUGGCCUUAGAUGCUGGUCCUCCACGAAGAGGCUGGCCUUCUUACUCACCACAGCCUCAACCAGGUCCUCCACCCGCAGAAUCGUGGUGCCACCCUCACCUUUUCCCACACGUUCCCAAUCUGUCCUUGACUGAUCAGUGCAGCUUUGGAAUGCCACUGCUUGCCUGGGUGCGCAUGCCUUCUACAGAUGGCAAGGGCACCAGGGAUACUGUGAGAAAACCUUGCCCCAUAAAACCCAAUUCAAAUUGCAGUUAGCCAAUAAAAAGGAAAGAGUCAGCUUAGAGUACAGAAAUGAAUGCUUGGAGAUUGGGGACAGUCUGUAGCAGAUGGCAGUCAUCUUCCAAUGGAAAAUGGACCAUGGAAGUGGCGGAAAACCUGGGAACAGCUCUUUGGCUAGAGAAUAGGAUGCCACUAUCACAAGCUCCUAAGAUCAACUCUAUAUGCCAAACAUCCAUUCUUCCUCUGGGAUCUGCGAACAAUCUACAACUCUUAUUGUAUGAAUACUUCUCCUGCCUAUUCUAUAGCUAAACUACUUAUAUCUAAACUACUGCUUCUUCAUAAACUUAUUUAAACUCCCUUAAAAUUACUUGAAUCGUACCCGACUGCCUGCCUUAGAUAUAUGCAUCUCCUGAACCCCACAUCUUACCACAAUGAUGACCAGAUCUUAUCUAUUAAGUUGAAUUUAUGCUUCUGUUGAUUGGCUCUGUUUUUAUGUUUGUGCUUUGCAACAGAUACAUUUCCUCAAAUAGGAAUUACAGAAGGACAAACUCUCCAUUUCACUGAAUAAAAUCAACUCAUAAAAUGUGAAGAACUCUUUUUUACUCAGAUUCAGUAAAAGCAUCAAAUACAUGAAGACAUAACAAACAAUAUUUGAUUAUCUCUGGCUAAACUCAAUUUUUUUUACCAUCAGCCCAUUCCAAAUCAUUUAAUUUGUUGAU